UCCACUUGCUACCAUUUCACCAUUCUUUGUUUCUGAUCCACUAACAGGAGCGAGAACAGUCUCCAGUGGCCCUCGGCUCUGUCAACAAUGUCUGUUCCAUAGAAGACCAUUUGACGCGCUGAUACAACUACAAGUGUUUCCCAGUCGGCCUUUCUGGGCACUUGGCCCUCAACAUGCUACUCCUCUACCUUAUAUCCCGUCUCCUCCCGCUUCUUGCCCUGAUCAGCUGCGCUCUGGCUGCCGAAGACCUCUACAGAAUACUUGGACUCGACAAGUCAUGCUCAGAACGCGACCUGAAGAAGGCUUAUCGCACGCUCUCCAAGAAAUACCAUCCAGAUAAAUCAGGAGGAGACGAGGCAAAGUUCCUCGAGGUAGCAGAUGCAUAUGAAACACUUUCAGACCCAACGACACGCAAAAUCUACGAUCAAUACGGUCACGAAGGUUUAGAGAACCAUAAACGGGGAGGAGGAGCAGGCGGACAUCAUCAUGACCCCUUUGAUCUGUUCUCGAGAUUCUUUGGUGGUGGAGGACAUUUUGGAGGCGGUGCGGGAAGCGGGAUAAGGCGGGGCCCAGACCUCGAAGUGAGACUACACGUACCGCUGAAGGAUUUCUACACUGGCCGGGAUACGGAAUUUACCAUUGAGAAGCAACAAAUCUGUGAAGAAUGCGAAGGAUCAGGAUCUGCAGAUGGACAAGUCGAGACCUGCAAUAAAUGCGGCGGAAGGGGAAUGAUCAUCCAGAAACACAUGCUUGCUCCUGGUAUCUAUCAGCAGGUGCAGAUGGCAUGCGACCAGUGCGGCGGGCAGGGCAAGUCCAUCAAGCAUAAAUGCAAGGUGUGCGGAGGCAGUAAGGUCGUCCGAGGACCGACAACAUUGACCGCAAACAUCGAGAAAGGGAUGCCCAAGGGACACAGGCUGGUCUUUGAAAGCGAGGCGGACGAACACCCGGAUCAUAUUGCGGGCAAUCUGUUUGUGUACAUCAUGGAGCAGGAACCAAAGAUGUCCGAGGACGAAGGUGCAAGAACAGACGGGACCUUCUUCCGCCGGAAAGAUGACGACCUCUACUGGAAAGAGGUCCUCAGCCUCCGGGAGGCUUGGAUGGGCGAGUGGACUCGUAACCUUACCCAUCUGGAUGGGCACGUUGUCCAGCUGUCCCGGAAACGUGGCGAAGUCAUUCAACCCGGCCAAGUCGAGACGAUCACUGGCGAGGGCAUGCCAAAGUACCAUGAAGGGCACAUGCAUGGACAUGACCACGAGGUAGAGGCGUUUGGCAAUUUGUACGUCGAGUAUAGAGUCAUUCUGCCGGACCAGAUGGAUAGUGGCAUGGAAAAGGAGUUUUGGACGGUUUGGGACAAAUGGCGCAAAAAGAAGGGCGUGGAUCUGUUCAAGGAUAGUGGCAGGCCAGCACCAGAUGUACGAGUAAAGGAUGAGUUAUAGAUCACUGCAACAACACCAUAUCGAGGGAAUAUGGAAAUGGAAUUCGGUUAGAUUUCAGCCGUAGUUACUCAAUACGUG